UUAAACGUAUUCGUAAAGUGCCGGGCUGUGCGUAUGGUUUCUUUGAUUUUUACUCUUUUUUUCUUUGGUUGAAAAAUUAGCAUAAUGUCGUACUACGAAUCGAUUAAAAGUGCAGUUUUAGUGUCAAUUUUUUAUUCAGCUGUUUAUUUCGUAGCUUCAUUCAUAGCAUUUUAUUCAUUGCUGAAAAUUGCAUACGUGUGGGUAAGAAGUUCUGCAAAAAGCUGGACUCGCUAUAAACGUCGAGAACUGCCACCUGAAUGUCUGAAUGAUCCUGUUUAUGGGGAACAUGGUUACAUACAAAUCAAGAAUAUUAAGCUUCACUACGUGCAAAAUGGUGACAAGACAAAACCACUGAUGUUAUUUUUACACGGAUUUCCCGAUUUUUGGUACUCUUGGCGAUACCAAAUGAAACAUUUUUCGAAACAUUAUUGGGUUGUAGCCGUUGAUUUGCGAGGUUACGGCGAUUCUGAGAAGCCUGUCAACGUAUACGAAUACAAAAUCAAGUACUUGGUCAGUGAUGUAAAGAAUUUGAUAACAGCACUUGGAAGAGAAAAGUGCAUUCUAGUUUCUCAUGAUUGGGGAGCUCUCAUUGGAUACUAUUUCUUAUUUAAAUAUCCAGAAAUGGUCGAGAAAUACGUAAUCAUAAAUAUGUAUCCAGUCUUUGCUACUUCAUUUAAAUGGACUCAGUUAAUCAAAUCAUGGUACAUGUUUCUUUUCCAACUGCCUUAUUUUCCAGAAUUAUUGCUGGAAUUUAAAGAUUUGGAAAUAUUUGAUAAAGUAUUCAAAGGUUUUAGUCACGAUGAUAUAGAAGCAUACAAAUUUACUUUUGGAAAAUCAGGAGGAUUCACUCAUGGAAUUAAUUACUACCGCGCCAAUUUCUUGAAAAUAUUCUUAUCAUACAAGAAGAAACCGGAAAGCGUUACUUUUCCUAAAGGUCUACUUAUUUACACGGAUAACGAUCGAUACAUACACAUUUCAAAUUUGUUAGAAACCAAAGAUAAAAUAGAAAAUUUGCAACUCAGUUUCAUAAAAUCAGGAUCGCAUUUCUUGCACCAACGUAAACACGAAGAUACGAAUAAAAUUAUGAGUAAAUUUCUCGGAUUAGAAAAUUAUGAUGAUCCGGGGGAAGGAAAAAGUUUGCAAUGUGAUGACAAUUCGCCUCAAAAGGCUUCUUCGUAAGAUAAAUAGAAAUAUGUUACAAAUGACUUCCAGUGAUUCUUGAUGUAAAAAAAUAGAGUCUACAUAAAUCUAUUAUAAGAGUACGUGGGUAAUUUAUUUGCAAUUUAACUUAAAUGUAUGAAAAUCUGUUUUGAGAAAAAAUUAAAUCUUAAGUUGUACGAGUGUAAUUUUAUUGUAGUUGUGUGCGUAGGUAUAUUUAUUUAUUUACCUAUUUAAUUUUGUAGUAGGUACCUGCAUAGGUACCUAGUAAGUAAUGUAGUCCAAUUAUAAUAAUUUUUUUUAUGAAUUAAAUUCUUGUUGAGCAGCACCAGAAAAAA